CAAUAACUAGUCGUGUUCUGAGGGGCGCAAGAUACGAUUUCUGCUGAACCUGGGGGGCAUUUCCACGGCUUUUCUGUCAGUUGAACCUUUUCCUCUGGCCCAGAUGCUUUUCAAUUCGGUGCUUCGCCAGCCCCAGUUCGGCGUCCCGAGAAAUGGAUGGUCUUCCCAGUACCCUCUUCAGUCCCUUCUAACUGGUUAUCAAUGCAACUGUAAUGAUGAGCACACUUCUUAUGGAGAAACAGGAGUCCCAGUUCCUCCUUUUGGAUGUACCUUCUCUUCUGCUCCCAAUAUGGAGCAUAUACUAGCAGUUGCCAAUGAAGAAGGCUUCGUUAGAUUGUAUAACACAGAAUCACAAGCCUAUAGAAAGAAGUGUGUCAAAGAAUGGAUGGCUCACUGGAAUGCUGUCUUUGACCUGGCCUGGGUUCCUGGUGAACUUAAACUUGUUACAGCAGCAGGUGACCAAACAGCCAAAUUUUGGGAUGUAAAAGCUGGUGAACUGAUUGGAACGUGCAAAGGUCAUCAGUGCAGCCUUAAGUCAGUUGCCUUUUCUAAGUUUGAGAAAGCUGUCUUCUGUACAGGUGGAAGAGAUGGAAACAUUAUGGUCUGGGACACCAGGUGCAACAAAAAAGAUGGAUUUUAUAGGCAGGUGAAUCAAAUCAGUGGAGCUCAUAAUACCUUAGAUAAGCAAACCCCUUCAAAACCUAAGAAGAAACAGAAUUCAAAAGGACUUGCUCCUUCUGUGGAUUUCCAGCAGAGUGUUACUGUGGUCCUCUUUCAAGAUGAGAAUACGUUAGUCUCAGCGGGAGCCGUGGAUGGGGUAAUCAAAAUAUGGGAUUUACGUAAGAAUUAUACUGCUUAUCGACAGGAACCCAUAGCAUCCAAGUCUUUCCUGUACCCAGGUAGCAGCACUCGAAAACUAGGAUACUCAAGUCUGAUUUUGGAUUCCACGGGCUCUACUUUAUUUGCUAACUGCACAGAUGACAAUAUCUACAUGUUCAAUAUGACCGGAUUAAAGACUUCUCCAGUGGCUAUCUUCAAUGGACAUCAAAACUCUACCUUUUAUGUUAAAUCAAGUCUUAGUCCAGAUGACCAGUUUUUAGUUAGUGGCUCAAGUGAUGAAGCUGCCUACAUCUGGAAGGUCUCCACACCCUGGCAUCCUCCUACUGUGCUCCAGGGUCACUCUCAAGAAGUCACAUCUGUGUGCUGGUGUCCAUCAGACUUCACAAAGAUUGCUACCUGCUCUGAUGACAAUACACUGAAAAUCUGGCGCUUGAAUAGAGGCUUAGAGGAGAAAUCAGGAGGAGAUAAACUCUCCAUAGUGGGUUGGGCUUCUCAGAAGAAAAAAGAAGCGAGAGCUGACCUAGUGACAGUGACAAGUAGCCAGAGUACUCCUGCCAAAGCACCCAGAGUAAAGAGCAGUCCAUCCAUUUCCUCCCCAUCAUCAGCAGCUUGUGCUCCAAGCUGUGCAGGAGACCUCCCUCUUCCUUCAAAUACUCCCACAUUCUCUAUUAAAACCCCUCCUGCCAAAGCCCGGUCUCCCAUCAGCAGAAGAGGCUCUGUCUCCUCUGGCUCUCCCAAGCCACCCUCAUCUUUCAGGAUGUCCAUUAGAAACUGGAUGACCCGAACACCAUCCUCGUCACCACCUAUCACUCCACCUGCUUCUGAGACCAAGAUCACAUCUCCAAGAAAAGCCCUCAUUCCUGUGAGUCUGAAAUCAUCCCAAGCAGUGGCUUGCUCAGAGUCUAGAAACCGAGUAAAGAGGAGGCUAGACUCAAGUUGUCUGGAGAGUGUGAAACAGAAGUGUGUGAAGAGUUGCAACUGUGUGACUGAGCUUGAUGACCCAGUUGAAAAGCUUCAUUUGGAUCUGUGCUGCCUUGCUGGUAACCAGGAAGACCUUGGUAAGGACUCUCUAGGUCCUACCAAACCAAGCAAGAUUGAAGGAGCUAGUAUGAGUAUCUCAGAGCCUCCUUCUCCUGCCAGUCCUUAUGCUUCAGAAAGCUGUGGAACACUACCUCUUCCUUUGGGAUCUUGUGGAGAAGGGUCUGAGGUGGUAGGCAAAGAGAAUAGCUCCCCAGAGAAUAAAAACUGGUUAUUGGCCAUGGCAGCCAAACGGAAGGCUGAGAAUUCAUCUCCGCGAAGUCCAUCCUCCCAGACCCCCAGUUCCAGGAGACAGAGCGGAAAGACUUCUCCAGGCCCGGUCACUAUUACUCCCAGCUCCAUGAGGAAAAUCUGUACAUACUUCCAUAGAAAAUCCCAAGACGACUACUGCAGUCCUGAACAAUCAACAGAAUUGUAGAUUCUAAUCUGAAGAAAAUCCUUUCAACUCUGAAGUUUACCUACUCUGGUUCUACCAUAGCUUAUAUGCAGCUUCCUUGGGAUGAAUGCUGUGUUUAAUUCCAUAAAGUAAGUUUAUCACUCUGUAACUUUUUGAAUGAGUAGGCUUCACUUUUUAAAUUAUGCCUCUUCUCUACAAUAAUGACAUCCCAGCUCAUAGAGGCAAAAAGCAAGACUUGUCUCUUAUUAGUCUGAGACUGUGGGUGCACAGUGGAAAAUAUCUGCUGGUCACAGCAGGAGGCCUGUCUGUGAAGGCUGGUUGCUGAAGAAGUCUUCUGCUGGAGACCUCUGGAUCUGUGCUGCCUCAAACAAAUAUAAUUUCAUUUAAAAUUUAUAUAAUCUUUUCACUACACUUUUGGGAGCUUUUUUUGUUUUUUUAGUAUAUGUAAAAAUGUGAUGUUCACAUAAGUGCAUUUAUCUUGAUUCAGUGUUCAGUGUUAAAAUACAGUCUCUUAAGUUAAAAUCAUCUUUUUUUUAAGAGCAGUGAUAAAUGUCAGCUCUUUGGAGAAACUAGGAGAACAACACUAGAAACCUUUACUUAUCUUUUUUCCCCCAAAUAUGUCUCCCAUAUGAGACUUAAGGUCCUUCUAUUUUUACUAAGCAAUUUACUAUGGUACCAAUCCAACAUCGUGUUCUAUAAGAGGUUACAAUUUUUGCCAUUUACUAGACAAAGAUAUUUAUAAAAUCAAUAGUCAUACAUUAAAGUUGGGGUUUGAAUUCAACUUGAAUUCAGUUCUCUAGGGGCUGCAACUUUUUAAAAAUAUGUCAUCAAUUUAAGAAAAAGUAAUGAUUUCUUACUGGUACUUUUAUUAAAAGAACAUAGCUCUGAACUGAAAAUCCAGAACCUAAAAAACAAUUUUUGGCUUUAACUGGAAUUUUUGGAUUCUCUUCAUAUACAUAAAAAACAGUAACCCUCUAGUAUAGCCCUGAGCUGAAAAGUAUGGAAAUUUCUCUAAAUAAUAUAGAAGGUGUUUAGAUUGAUUCUAAGUUAAUAAUGUGCAAAAUAUUUUGAACAUCUUCCCUUUAAUCAGCAAUUACAUAUCAAUCAUCUUGAACUGUUGUUUUCUGUUUUUCCCCUUUAUAACCUCAGAGACACAAGCUCCAUGUACCUUCUAUGUACUGUGUCCUUGGAAGGGGAUCCCCUAACAAUCAUGAUACUUGAUUCAUUUUAUCCAUAUCCCUAACAUAUGUAGAUUUUAUUCAUAUUUUUGUCAAAAUUUAAAAAUCUGUUCUUAAUGACAAAUUUUAAUUCCUUUGAUUCCUGUAAGUUAAGCUUGUACCAACAAGAACUACAUAUGUGAAUUAAACAUGGAUUCUCCGUGGUUUUAUGCAAGGAGAAAAAUAAAUAAAGAGAAGCCUCAGAAUUGCUGUUUUUGAAACAAAGCACUCCACAGCAUUAACUGAAUAUUUAGAAACUCUACUUAUAAUUAGUGUUUGAUUUUUUAAUGUUAGGUUAUGGAAAGGUGUUAUUUAUGACCAUAUCUGCUAAUAAUGCUACCUAUCUCUUGCUUUGAAAGCCAGUGGGGGUGGGGGGUAGGAUAACUAAAGUAGAUGAUUAUAUUCUUUGUAUCCUUGAACAUCUCCUAACAGCUCUACCGAGUAAAAUUGGGGUAAAUGUGGCUGACAGAAACUGUGCUGAGAGUCUCCUGGCUGUAACACAUCCCACUUGGAAAACUAGUACUUCAAAUGAGUACCAAAGGUCAAAUGUAAUGAGAUAAUAAUUAUUCCUGCCUCUGUCAGUGUCAGACUUUGAGCUGAUCCUGAAUAAUAAAGCCUUUUACCUUAUCUGAUA